AUGAUUGAUGGAAAGAUUUGCUUGACCUACUCUGAUAGCCACGGCCUGGUUGUGGCCGGCGACAUGAUCGGGAACAUCUUUUCGUGGAAGAUGGGUGAAGUCAGCCACGUCAACACCGAUAACGGCGAUGUUCUCCCUCACCACGUCCUUGGGGGGCACAUGAAAAACAAGAGACCACCAAGUCAUCACGAGAAGGACAAGGCUUUGGGCCUGGACGGGGGGCACUCAGAUGCGGUGCUAAGCCUCCUGACGCUAACCGGAACCGACAUGGUUGCUUCGUGCAGCAUGGACCACACCGUCAAGCUGUGGGAUCUCACCACGCUGGGCCUUCGGAAAACAUUGCUGGGUCAUCCGAAGGGGGUGAAACAUAUGGCGUACUGCCCGGACCAGCGCUUGAUCGUCUCCGGAGGGUUUUCGUACGACCUGGUCGUCAACAACCCCUACCUGUCCAACCCCAUCAGCCGCCUGCGGGGCCACUGCUCUGCCAUCGUAGGGGUAGAGCACAUCACGGGCACCUCUCAGGCGGCUCUCCCAGACUUGAAAUUGGUCACAGCCGAUGCGGACGGAUUUUGCAAGCUCUGGGAUCUCCGGACGUUCUCGUGCAUGGAGACGUUCACCUCGAACAUGGCUGCGAACAGGAUGAGGUUAAAAACACGUCGGAAGUCAACCUGUUCGCCCGCCACGCGGGAGCCUGUCAUCACGUGCAUGACCGUGAGCCCGUUGUCCAAGCGGGUAUUCGUUGGUGGGCGCAGUGUUGACAGUUUCGAGGUUCUUCGAGACGACUGCGAAGAUCUGACGGACGAAUCGGCAGUUCUGGCCGUCUGUUUCAACACAACCAACCUGACUUUCGUCACAGCGUCCGGUACGAUGAUCGCGCGAUCGGUUGGACCGAUAUAG